GUGUACGAGCAAUACAACAACAAUGACUGUUUUCUAUUUCAGAAGGUAAAAAUGGCCCACACAUCUUCAAGCAUGUCGAUUAAUCCAAAUCAGAAGGAUUUGAUUGGCCAGAUGUUUGAGGCUUAUGUAACGGAGCAUCACUCUGAUGACAUACUGAAUAUUGUCACAGAGGCCUGUGAAGACACUCAUCACCCGAUUGUUAUCAAUGCAAUGACACUGUUUGAGGCCAACAUGGAGGUUGGGGAUUAUUUCAAUGCCUACCCCACUGAGGUCCUUGCUGUAUUUGACGAGGCACUACAGCGGACAGCAGUGGCGGUCACACAAAAGGCUUUGAAUACAGGAGGUGGAGGAAAAAAUCAGCUGAAAUACCACUUUCAUGCCCGCAUCACAGGUCUCCCAGUGUGUCCAGAGCUGACCAGAGACACCAUCCCACGGUCAAGAGAUGCAGGACACUUUCUGUCUGUCAAUGGAACUGUAAUUCGCACCAGCAUAACCAAGGUGCUGGAGUACGAGAGGGACUAUAUGUGUACCAAGUGUCGUCAGGUCUUCACCGUGAACGCUGACUUCGACCAGUUCUACACUUUCGUUCCACCCACGACCUGUCCCAAUUUGGAGGGCUGUAAGUCCUUCAAGUUCGCUUGUCUUUCCAAAGGGUCCGAGCCGUCUGCCUGCAAGGACUUCCAGGAGAUCAAAAUUCAAGAACAGGUUCAAAGACUCUCCGUGGGCAGUAUUCCACGAUCAAUGGUGGUUGUAUUGGAAGAUGACUUGGUGGACAUCUGCAAAUCUGGAGAUGAUGUGACGGUGUAUGGGGUGGUGUGCCAGCGCUGGAAGCCGUUUUACAAUGACUCCAUCUGUGAAGUGGAACUGGUUCUCAAGGCCAACAACAUAGAGGUCAACAACCAGCAGACUACUGCAACUCUAAUGAUGGAGGACAUCCAGAAGGAAUUCAAGGCCUUCUGGGAAAGCCACACAGAUGAUCCCAUAGCUGGUAGGAACCAGAUAUUGCUCAGCCUGUGUCCACAGAUCUUUGGCAUGUACGUGGUCAAACUGGCAGUGGCUCUGAUCCUGGCAGGGGGGGUUCAGAGAAUAGAUCCUAAUGGAACCAAGGUCAGAGGUGAGUCCCAUAUGCUGCUGGUCGGGGACCCUGGCACCGGGAAGUCUCAGUUCCUGAAGUACGCAGCUAAGAUCACACCCCGCUCGGUGCUCACCGCUGGAAUAGGAUCCACCAACGCAGGCCUGACCGUAGCAGCAGUGAAGGACGGCGGGGAGUGGCAUCUGGAGGCGGGCGCCCUGGUCCUGUCGGACGGCGGCCUGUGCUGCAUCGACGAGUUCAACAGCAUCAAGGAGCACGAUCGCACCAGCAUACACGAGGCCAUGGAGCAGCAGACCAUCAGUGUGGCCAAGGCUGGCAUGGUGUGCAAGCUGAACACGCGCAGCACCAUCCUGGCGGCCACCAACCCCAAGGGCCAGUACAACCCCAAGGAGCCGCUGUCGGUCAACGUGGCCCUGGCCAGUCCUCUGCUCAGCCGCUUUGACCUGGUGCUGGUGCUGCUGGACACCAAGAACCCCGAGUGGGACCGCACCAUCUCCUCCUUCGUGUUGGAGGAGAAAGGAGUGCCCACCGAGUCCUCCACCCUGUGGCCCAUGGAGAAGAUGAAGGCUUAUUUCUGUGUAAUAAAACACCUUCAACCGCAAGUCUCUGAGGAGGCCAACACCAUCCUGGCCCGCUACUACCAGCUCCAGAGGCAGAGCAACAGCCGCAACGCAGCCCGCACCACCAUACGCAUGCUGGAGAGCCUCAGCAGGCUGGCAGAGGCCCACGCCAAGCUGAUGUUCAGAGAGCAGGUCACCAUAGAGGAUGCUGUCGUGGCCGUCUCUGUCAUGGAGUGCUCAAUGCAAGGAGGAGCUCUGUUAGGGGAUGCAAAUGUCUUGCAUACGUCGUUCCCUGAAGACCCCGGUCAGCAGUAUCAAGUUCAGUGUCAGAUGGUGCUGGAAGGACUGGGGCUGCCUGAGCUCCUCAAACAGGAGAUGGACAGAUUCAGCCGGUUGAUGAGUGCUACUGCAAAACCGGGUUCCUUUGCUCCAGAGGGACACAAUGAGAACAUCAACACAACGCACUUUCCAUCAGGAAAGAAACAUAAGGAAAAAAACACUGACCAAGGUUACAACGAUAUCACAGAGAACGGUCUGGACUGGUUCCAGUCCCUGAACGCUGACCAAUCGUCACCUUCGCCAAAAACGUCACCAAUCAUGACCUCAACACAACAGCAGCAGCAGCACAACAAAAACAGACCAGUGGCUAGCUGGACUUUUACUGUGGCAGCACAAGGCCAACUUGAGAACAGCAAUCAACAUGAGCAGUCACCCUGCGGACCUAGCUCCUCGUCAACAAGAAACGAUGUGUCUCUGUCGAAUAGGUCCCGCUGUGCAACAACACAAGCCACCUCAAGGGAGUGCACAGGCAAAGAGAGAGAGGGACCUGGCUUCAACUCUAAAACUCUCACUGAAAGAAGAGGCCAGACGGGGGGAGAGAUGGGGGCGGAGGAAUCAGUGGUUCAAAGAGUCUCCAAGAAACUGCGAACUAAACGCCUGAAGGACUUAGAGGGGAGCAGUGGGAAGGUCAUUGAAGAGAGAAGAAGGACCGUGGUGGAAAACCACACCAGGAAAUGUGAUGUGACAGAUUCAGAGAAGAUGCCCCCCUCUAACGAUCUAUUUGAUUCAGAAACAGGCAGCACUGUUGGGUCUGUUGGAAAAAAGGCAAAAAAAAUAAUGCAGGAUACUGGUGUUUCUGGCAAUACAGGGAUACAAGACCGCAUCGGGCCAAUAAAUAAGAAGGCUGGUUCCAAACAAAAAGAUACACCUGGAGUGGAGGUUGGGACUGAACACAAAAGUGUAAUCGAUGGAAAUCUGCGCUCCAAGUUCUCUGGCUUCACGUUCAAUCCCAAAGCGAAGAUGAGGCCAUUGAGCAAUAAUCUUCAAACUGAGGUUAGCUCCAGCUUGAACACAGUGAACCGAAUGCAACGUGACCCAAAUCCUCCUCAAUUCAACACUAAUGCCCAGCAAGUUCACCACAGCAAUGACCAAGUAGAUGGAGCUGGCUCGCCUGCACCCCUGACAGUGGAGACACGGGGAAUUCCACUAGAGGGAGGGGGCCGUACUGCAAGGAAAGUUACAGCUGGAAUUAGCAGUGAGAGUGAGACACGACAUCAAAGAAUAGUAGCUGGUACUGAGACUAAUUUAAAUCAUUCAAAUGACACUUUAUCUCUUAUACCAGCAAAUCAUCAUGUUUCUAAUCCAGUUUCUGCACAAAAAUCCGAGAGGCUUUCAUCCACUGUGGCAUCCACUACAUUGUCGAAGCUCACAAGUUUCUCUUUCUGCUCUAGAGAGCCAACGCCUACAACAUUAGGCUCCACUGACAUGCAGAAGACGGCUACCUCUAUUCAAGCAACUGAUAAACAGUCAAAGUUAUAUACCCUGAUUAAAGAAAGUGCAGUGAGGACAGCUGGGGUAACUAUUAAUACAGAACUGCAAAACAAAAAGGUUAACCUGGCUGAGAACCCUAUUAAUGUCAAAAGUGGUGUCAGGCUGAUGGCUAACAUUGUUGCAGAGACCACUGCCCCUUCUGGUCCCUCAAAGAAGAGGAAAUGUUUUGAGUUGGGCCCAUCCCCCAGUCAAGCUGGCCCCAGUACCAGGUGCAAUGUCUCUAGCCUGUCGCUAUUUAGUUCUGUGGACUUCAAUGAUCAUGAUCUAGAUUUUGACUGGGACCAAGAAAGUGGGAAGUCGUAAUUAACCUCAAAGAAAGCCUUUGAGCUAUAUGGAGUUAAAUCUCAGGUUGUGUUAUAUAAGAAAAUAUGAUAGCACCAUUGUCCCUAUUUAUGAACAACGGGACAAGUUAUACUCCCGGGAAAGAUUUUCACAAGUUUUAUUUGCAGUUGCUUAAAACUGCUUAACGGCUAAACAGGGCCGUGAGUUGUUUGUAUGCACCAUUGUUAAAGUAUGAGCCCUCCAUUGGAAAUCAGGACAGUUGCAAAAGCAGGGUUGUGAUUUUUCACACUAACUGCUCCAUGAAUGGAGUAUUUGCUUGGAUGCAUCGUAAUCCCUGUACAUGCAAUUCUUUUGUAUUUUCAUAAGACUGUAAUAAGUGCCUAAAACGCUAAUGCUUAUCCCAGUCAAGAGGGAUCAUGUUUUUUAUAUCUGUAACCCAAGCUGUUAAUGUUCCUUAACUGCAAAUAAAAGCGGAUCCCUAUGAAUAA